CGAUUACGUUAUCAUUAACCAACGUUUAGGAGGACUUUGCUUCUUCGUCUUCUUCUCUCUUUAGGUUCUUCAAGUUCGCAAUCCUGGUUUGGGUUUAGGACAAAUCAGAGAAGAAGAUGAUGUUUGGUUUAGAGAAAACGAUGACUUUGGAGCAUGAAAUUCUGAAGGAGAAUCAUGAGACUCUGUUGAAAGAUUAUGAGAGUCUUCAGGAGAGGAUUAAGCAUGCUGAGGAAGCUUAUGAGGCUAUUAAGUUGCAUCAUGAGAACAAAGCUAAGGAGCUUGAAGUGAGUAACAAACGCUUGCUUGAGGAAUGUAUGAAAGAGAGAAGGGAGAAGGCUAAGGUUAGGAAGACUUUUGAGGAGAUGAAGAAGACAAUGGAGAGUGAGAGAACUGCUAUUGUUGAUGAGUUGAAGUCGAAGAAUCAGGAGCUUUUGUUGGGGAAGAAGAAAGAGGAAGAAGAGUUAGUGAAGAUGGAGAAUAAGUAUGUUGAGUUAGCUGAGAAGUUUGAUGUUGUUGAAAAGGAAUGUGCUUACUUGAAGUCACUCUAUGAUGCGGAAGUAGUAGCUUCGGUUACUCAAAGUGCUGUAAUCUCAGGGGUUGGAGAGACUGAUAAUCUUAUUGGUCAAGGAGAGAACGAGGCUAAUCAGAAUGUGAACAAUGCUGUGACAGAUGCGAUAAUGAUAAGUGAUGAUGAAAAUGAUAAUAAUCCACCUAUUGAGAGUAACAUAAGCUCUCAUCGGUCUGGUGAUAGAAACCAAGAAGAAGAAGGCAGGAACAGAGGAAACUCAGCGACUGAGAACCGAGCUUCGGGAGAAACCUUUACUCCGGUAUCUGCUAAUCAUCCACCGCCUUUUUCUCCUUCAUCGUCAUCUUCAUCAUCAUCAUCUUCAGACGGCGCUGAGAUUGUGCUUAAGCUGCCUCGUAAUUGGCCUGAAUGGGCAAUCCCGAAAGGUCCCGGGAAGGAUUCCAACAAGCCUUAGAACAUUUCAGAUGCAACAGAGAGCCAAAAGAAGUAAAUUUGAAGCUGCACUCUUAAGUUAAGCUAGUUAUGGAAAUCUUCUUACAUAUUGCUUUCUGUUUUUGUCAGGAGUUUAUUUAACAAUCUCUGGAACUACAACAAACUAUUCUAUCUACUAUCAAAUCAAUUAUUCAUUCAUGAGUAUAAUAAUAGCUGAAACUUUCUGUGUUACAACAAUUUCACCAUAACUAAAAUUGCAUUUGCAUUUGAAUACUGCAAACGCAAAUUGGCUUUGUAUACGCAUCUUGUUUAUAUAUGGAUUAGUUUUUUC